GAGGGCGAGGUUCCUGGACCUGAGGCCUCAGCCGUCGUUUUACCCCGGAGCCAGGAACCUAGUUCGCAGUUAGGGGAGUGUUUGGAUUGUGAGCUAUCUCAGAACUCUGUUCUCAGGACCCAGGAUUUUAACAAUUGGGAGAAACACUUCUAGAAGAUACACUACUUGACUGAAGGAGGACGGAGAAUCUGAAGACUCCGGGUGACAUCAAAGCUACUUUCCAACAGCUUCUCAAUUUCCUUUCUCAGAAAGCAGAAGCUCAAACCUUGGAGACAGACGAACACUGAUAUUUGCAUUUAAUGGGGAACAAAAGAUGAAGAAAGAAAAGCAAUAUAUUCAGUAAGGAUUACAUCUGCUGACUGCUAAAGACCUAUGUUUUAAGGAAUUCUUCUGUUUCUUGCCUAGAAGUCGAUCAGCUCUGUGGUCAGACAGUCAGCACUGGAGUUUGCCUGCCUUUGUCUUGUCGUUGCCAGAAGAAAUCUUGGUCGGAAUAUAACAGUACAUCUGUAUCUGAUUGCUAUGGAAGGUGAUACAUGGACCCUCACUUAUUAAAAUUCCAUCUUAUUCACUAACAGAAAACCAUUCUUCAAAGUGAAUAGAAACCAAGCCCUUGUGAACACUUGUAUUGAACAUGACUCAUGGAGAAGAGCUUGGCUCUGAUGUGCACCAGGAUUCUAUUGUUUUAACUUACCUAGAAGGAUUACUAAUGCAUCAGGCAGCAGGGGGAUCAGGCACUGCCGUCGACAAAAAGUCUGCUGGGCAUAAUGAAGAAGAUCAGAACUUUAACAUUUCUGGCAGCGCGUUUCCCACCUGUCAAAAUAAUGGUCCGGUUCUCAAUACAAACACAUACCAGGGAUCUGGCAUUCUGCAUCUCAAAAAAGCCAGACUGUUGCAGUCUUCUGAGGACUGGAAUGCAGCAAAGCGGAAGAGGCUGUCUGAUUCUAUCGUGAAUUUAAACGUAAAGAAGGAAGCUUUGCUAGCUGGCAUGGUCGACAAUGUGCCUAAAGGCAAACAGGAUAGCACAUUACUGGCCUCUCUGCUUCAGUCAUUCAGCUCGAGGCUGCAGACUGUUGCUCUGUCACAACAAAUUAGGCAGAGCCUCAAGGAGCAAGGAUAUGCCCUCAGUCACGAUUCCUUAAAAGUGGAGAAGGAUUUGAGGUGCUAUGGUGUUGCAUCAAGUCACUUAAAAACCUUAUUGAAGAAAAGUAAAGCUAAAGAUCAAAAACCUGAGACCAAUCUUCCUGAUGUAACUAAAAAUCUCAUCAGAGAUAGGUUUAUAGAGUCACCUCAUCAUGUUGGACAGAGUGGGACAAAGGUUGUGAGUGAACCCUUGUCGUGUGCUGCGAGAUUACAGGCUGUUGCAAGCAUGGUCGAAAAAAGGGCUAGUCCUGCCACCUCCCCUAAGCCAAGUGUUGCUUGUAGCCAGUUAGCAUUACUCCUUUCAAGCGAAGCCCAUUUGCAGCAGUAUUCUCGGGAACAUGCUUUAAAAACACAAAAUGCAAAUCAAGCAGCCAGUGAAAGACUUGCUGCUAUGGCCAGAUUGCAAGAAAAUGGUCAGAAGGAAGUUGGCAGUUUCCAGCUCUCAAAAGGAAUGUCGGGCCAGCUUAACGGUCAGGCGAGAACAUCAUCGAGCAGACUAAUGGGCAGCAAAAGUAGUGCUACAGCAUUUCCAAAUCCAGUGGGUGUCGUUCCUUCUUCUCCCAAAAAUGCAGGCUACAAGAACUCACUGGAAAGAAACAAUAUCAAACAGGCUGCUAAUAAUAGUUUGCUUUUACAUCUCCUUAAAAGCCAGACUAUACCUAAGCCAGUGAAUGGACACAGUCACGGUGAGAGAGGCAGCAUUUUUGAGGAUAGCAGUGCGCGUAUGACUAUUGAUGAAUAUUCAGAUAACAAUCCUAGCUUUACAGAUGACAGCAGUGGUGAUGAAAGUUCCUAUUCCAAUUGUGCUCCCAUAGACUUGUCUUGCAAACACCGAAUCGAAAAACCAGAAGCUGAACCACCCGUUUCUCUAGAUAACUUAACUCAGUCCUUGCUAAACACUUGGGAUCCAAAAGUCCCAGAAGUAGAUAUCAAAGAAGAUCUGGAUACCUCAAAGAAUUCUAAGCUCAAUUCACAUCAGAAAGUUACACUUCUUCAAUUGCUACUUGGCCAUAAGAAUGAAGAAAAUGUUGAAAAAAAUGCCAGCCCUCAGGGAGUACACAAUGAUGUGACCAAGUUCAGUACACAAAAUUACACGAGGACUUCUGUAAUAGAAAGCCCCAGUGCAAAUCGGACUACUCCAGUGAGCACUCCACCCUUACCUACAUCAGCCAAAGCAGAGUCUCCCAUCAAUCUCUCUCAACACUCUCUGGUCAUCAAAUGGAAUUCCCCACCAUAUGCCUGCAGUACUCAGCUAACUAACACUUCAUCUAACCAUUCAGUUGACCUUACUAAAUGCAAAGAGUCACAAGGAGAGAAACCACCCCAAAAUGAAGGUGCGCAAAACUCUGCAACGUUCAGUGCCAGUAAACUGUUACAAAAUUUAGCGCAGUGUGGAAUGCAGUCUUCAAUGUCCCUGGAAGAGCAAAGACCCGGCAAACAGCUGUUAAGUGUAAACACAGAUAAACCUGUAGGUAUGAUUGACAGAUUAAAUAGCCCUCUGCUCUCAAAUAAAACAAAUGCAGUUGAAGAACAUAAAGCAUUCAGUAGUCCACCUACAGUUCCUGAACCAGGGCUUUCUGGUUCUGAAAUAGAAAAUCUGCUUGAAAGACGUACUGUCCUCCAGUUGCUCCUGGGAAACCCCAACAAAGGUAAGAGUGAAAAGAAAGAGAAAAUUCCUCUAAGAGAUGAAAGUACUCAGGAACAUACAGAUAGAGCUUUAAGUGAACAGAUAUUCAUGGUGAAAAUAAAAUCUGAGCCUUGCGAUGACUUACAUAUUCAUAAUACAAAUGUGCACUUGAGCCAUGAUGCUAAGAGUGCCCCAUUCUUAGGUGUGGCUCCCACUGUGCAGAGAAGCACAGCUGCCUUACCAGUGUCCGAGGACUUUAAAUCGGAGCCUGUUUCACCUCAGGAUUUUUCGUUCUCAAAGAAUGGUCUGUUAAGUCGAUUGCUGAGACAAAAUCAAGAGAGUUACCUGGUGGAUGAUUCAGACAAGAGUCACAGAAAUAAUGAACUGACACUUCUAGAAUCAAAGAAUCUUUGCAUGGUCCCGAAGAAAAGGAAGCUUUAUACUGAGCCAUUAGAGAAUCCAUUUAAAAAGAUGAAAAAUAACAUUGUUGACACUGCAAACAAUCACAGUGCUCCAGAAGUACUGUACGGAUCGUUGCUUAACCAGGAAGAGCUGAAAUUUAGCAGAAAUGAUGUUGAAUUUAAAUAUCCUGCUGGUCAUGGUUCCGCCAGUGAAAGUGAACACAGGAGUUGGGCCAGAGAGAGCAAAAGCUUCAAUGUUCUGAAACAGCUGCUUCUCUCAGAAAAUUGCGUGCGAGAUUUGUCCCUACACAGAAGUAACCCUGUCGUCGACAGUAAAAAGAAAGGACACAAAAAUAAUGUGACCAAUAGCAAACCUGAGUUCAACAUUUCUUCUUUAAAUGGACUGAUGUACAGCCCCACUCAGCCUACCAGUUGCGUGGAUAACAGGACAUUUUCAUACCCAGGAGUAGUAAAAACUCCCAUGAGCCCUCCUUUCCCUGAACACUUGGGUCUGCCUAGACCAGAAUCUGGGCAUUUGAAUGGGUAUUCCAUGCCCAGUGAGAAAGGGCCCAUUAAGUGGGUUAUCACAGACGUGGAUAAGAAUGAAUAUGAAAAAGACUCUCCGAGACUGACCAAAACUAACCCAAUACUGUAUUAUAUGCUCCAGAAAGGAGGCAAUUCUGUUACCAGUCGAGAAACACAGGACAAGGACAUUUGGAGGGAGCCUUCGUCUGCUGAAAGUGUCUCACAGGUUACAAUCAAAGAGGAGUUACUUCCUGCUGCAGAAACUAAAGCUUUCUUUAAUUUAAGAAGCCCUUACAAUAGCCAUAUGGGAAAUAAUGCUUCUCGCCCACACAGUGCAAAUGGAGAAGUUUACGGACUUCUGGGAAACGUGCUAACAAUAAAAAAAGAAUCAGAAUGAAAUGUACCUGCCAUCCAGAUUUGGAUCUUUUAAAAACUAAUUAGUAUGAACUUGAGAUCUGUAUAAAUAAGAGCAUGAUUUGAGAAAAGCAUGGUAUAACUGAAACUUUUUUCAUUUUGAAAAGUAUUGGUUACUGGUGAUGUUUAAAUAUGCAUACUAAUUUUUGCUUAACAUUAGAUGUCAUGAGAAAAACUACUGAACUAGCAAUUGGUUGUUUAACACUUCUGUAUGCAUCAGAUAACAACUGUGAGUAGCCUAUGAAUGAAAUUCUUUUAUAAUCAUAUAACAGGCAUAAAUUAAAAGGUAAAACUCCAUCCAUGGUGGAUUAAUGCAUUUUGCUGCCUUUAUUAGGGUACUUCAUUUUGCUUUUCAGACAUCAGCCUACAUAACAUUUUUUUAAAACCCAAACUGUUCAAUAACUCUUCAAAGAUAAUUAUUGAAGAAAAACCCUAAUGCUGAUUCACAUCUCAUUAUCCAAUUUAAAAAUAAAUUAGAAAUACAUGUGCUUACAUUUUUCACUUUUGCUAAAAAAAAUAUUUAUUUUUAACUCUUGGAAGUGGUUUUAUGGUUCCCAAUGUGUCUGCCCCACUAAAGUCCUUUUCAAUAUACACGUCUUUAAACCUUGUACUACUUAAUAAAAUUUGAUUACAAUUGAGGGAAGUUUGAUAGAUCCUUAAAAAAAAAGGCAGAUUUUUGUAUUUUAACUACUUUACUAAAUUGAUACUCCUCCUUUUACAGAAUUAGGAAAGUUAACAUUUAUCUUCAGGUGGUUUUCUGAAUAGUUGAAUAUUUAAGAAAUUGUUUUUAACAACAGAAACAAAAUGGUUUUUCUUUAGACAGUUUUCACCAUCUCUUGUAAAAGUUAAUUCUCACCGUUCCUGUGGUAGCUAUGAGUCAUGACCAGGAUUCCUUAAAGCCAGACUCAGACCACUUGCAUUAGAAUCAUCUGGAGCAUUUGUUUUAAAAUGAAGAUUCACUGGCAUCUCAGAUCUGUAGAACCAGGAUCUCUGCUCAGUGAACCUGGGAGUCUGCCAUCUGCACCCUCACAUGCUCCUUCGGUGUGUCUUCUGCACACUGAAGUUUGAGAAACCACUGCUUGUGACUUUUCUCAGAACAUGGAGGACUGUAAAAACCAAAAAAAAACAACAACUAUUUGAUGCCUGUAUUUUCCCCGGUACAGUUACACAUCAGCUUAAAAUUUACAGUAUUAUAGUUCAUAUUAUUACCGUUGUGUCUUUGAAAAUUGGGUUCAGAAUACUUUUUAUGACAAAAUAAUUGGGUGGAGGGGACAACUUUCAUAUCUGGCUCAACUCUCAGGAAAAUCUGUGAUUAUUUAUGUGUUCUAAUGAGUAACAUCUACUUAAUUAGCCUUAGGGAUGGAAUAACAGGGCCACUUACCAAACUCAGGUGAUUCGAGGAUGAUUUGGAAACUUCUCCUGAAUACAUCCUUCACGUCUAUGAAAACCAUUGUCCUAAGUAAGACCAGUGCUGACAAAGAUUAAAACAGUUCAAACCCAAGAAAGGAACUAAACUCAGAUUGACUAAACAAAAAAGUGCAAAGGGCAAAUGUACAUGACAGAAUUAUACACGAUCAUUCCAUUGGGUGUAUUAUUUUAAACAAGUGAUUAAAAGUAAACAUUGAUAUUGUCUUAGAAAACUUAAUGUAUUAUUGAGCCACAUGGGGUUUUGAUCUUGAAACAAGUCUGUUUUUAAGUUCAAUUUUUACAAGGCACAAUUCAUUUGCCAGGUAAUAUUUUUGAUUUUAACUGUGAAUCAGAUUGGUAACUGACCUAUCAAAAAUUAUUAUGUGAUCACUGUUGUUAGAAGGACAUUCAUUUAAAGUCAUCGUACUUGAAUUGUUUCUAAGAUUUUUUAUAUUAAAAAUGGGUGUAAUUUCCUAGUAUGAUCUAAAACCUUCCUAAGUGAUUAUUUUUUUUUCCCUCAAAAUGAUUUGUAAAAAAUUACUGGAGAUAUUAUACAAUAAUAAUCAGCAGUGAGUAUUAUGCUACAUCAUGGAGAGGUGAAGCAUAUGCUUAUUCUGAAGUGAAAUUCCACUGACCAGUGAUCGUGCUCUACUCCGUAUCCAUAAACUGACAAUCUUACUGUCAAUACUAUAUAAGUAAGCUUUUAAACAAGUCAUUUUUCUCAGUCAUUGUGAAAGGUCUGGAGCCUUAGAGGUACGUCAGAAAAAAAUGUGGGUAUUCUCCCUUGAUAAGGGGUAAAGGGGAUUCAUAAAAGGGGGUGAAAUUUAGGUUCUUUAGAGAAAAGAACAUCAUGGGCCAGCAUUGCUUUUUGGGUUGGUUUUCUGUUUGGGUUUUUUUUUUUUUUGAUUGGUUGUUUUUGUUGUUAAUUAAAGGAAUGAAAAUACGUACUACAUAAAUAAAUGUGACCACAAAGAAUAGUGUUCUGAUUUACUAGAGAAUGUUCCCAAUUUGAGUUUUGGAUGAUUGUAAAGAACAGUGAGAAAAGGGCAUACAUCCACAAAUUCACUUCUGUUUCUGCAUAUGUAGAUACAAGGAUGCACAUACACACAUUUUCAAGGACUAUUUUCGAUACUAGACCAUUUCUGCAGAAUAAAGUCAUUUGCAAAAGGGUACUACAGCUCUCAUUGACAUCAGUAAGGUAGCAUUUGUUACCUGUUUAUUCUCUGCUGCAUCUUACAGAAGAGUAAACUGGUGAGAGAAUAUAUUUUAUAUAUAUAUAUAACAUGUAUAUAUAUAUAUUGACUUGUUACAUGAAGAUGUUAAAAUCGGUUUUUAAAGGUGAUGUAAAUAGUGAUUUCCUUAAUGAAAAAUACAUAUUUUGUAUUGUUCUAAUGCAACAGAAAAGUCUUUUAAUCUCUUUGGUUCCUGUAUAUUCCAUGUAUAAGUGUAAAUAUAAUCAGACAGGUUUAAAAUUUGUGCAUGUAUGUAUACAGUUGCAAGUCUGGACAAAUGUAUAGAAAAAACCUUUUAUUUAAGUUGUGAUUACCUGCUGCAUGAAAAGUGCAUGGGGGACCCUGUGCAUCUGUGCAUUUGGCAAAAUGUCUUAACAAAUCCGAUCAGAUGUUCAUCCCGACAUGACAGUAUUCCAUUUCUGGACAUGACUUCUGUGGUUUAAGCUUUGUGAAAGAAUGUGCUUUGAAUCCAAGGGUCUUAAAAACUUUUUUUUUUUUUUAAAUCAAGUCAACUACUUUCCUGACUUUCUAAUGCCAUUGGAAACAUACCAGAAGUAUUCUAGAAUUAGCAAAUGCUGGAAUACAAGCACAUUACCAUUCAUAGUAAGAAUUCUGGGGUUUACACAACCAAUUUUGAUGCAAUCUGCUCAGUCAUAUAAUUUGUCGUUUUUAUUAGAAAUUUAAUUUCUUCAUGUUAUGUCAUGAAACUGUACAUACUGCAGUGUGAAUUUUUUUUUGUUUUUUAAUCUUUUAGUGUUUACUUCCUGCAGUGAAUUUGAAUAAAUGAGAAAAAA